AUGGACGCUGCCCCGCUCUUCGGCGGCGGCGGCGGCGCAGCACCAGCCAGCAGCGACGUUGGACCUGCGGCAGCGCUGGUCCUGGCGUCCACGUUUGAACUCGUCGCCGCGGCCUCGCUCUCCUCCACCGCCGGCAUCGCCGCUGGCGCUGUCUCCGCAGCGCUCUCCGGCCUGCUGCUCGCGCUGACGCUGGCCGUCAAGCUGCCCACCCCGCUGCCUGCCACGUUUGCGCCCAACGCCACACGCUUCCUCCUCGCCUGGUGGUCGCUCGCCUGCCUCGGCCUCACCUUCACCGGCCCCUUCACCACGCUCGGCAACGGGCACCUCUCGACGUGGGGCGCGCUGUUUGCGAGCGUCGCGGCGGCGCUGCCCUACUCGGGCCACCUGGCGCGCGCCGUCGACCGCUUCGUUCGCCUCGCCAAGGGGGACUUUGGACUCCUCCUCCUCCUCUGCAUCGGCUCCGCCGUCGUGGCGCUGCAGGCAUUCUGCAGCUACGUGCACAGCCGCUCAGGCGUGGACGCGUGGGCGCUCGCUGUGGGCCUCGUCUCGGCGGCGGGGUGCGGUGGGCUUCUGAGCCAGCCGGGGCUGGCGGCGCAGCAGGCGCGGAUCGUCUCGCUGGCGACGGCCGGCUGGUGGACGCAGGGGCUCGUCAUCACCUUUCUGCCGCACGAUUUCACGAGGACUGUCAACGGCUUCCUCGCUGUCUGGACCUGCAUCCUCCUCUCCCUCCCGCGGGGGGACCUUGCGCAUACGCCCUACUCGCUCGCCCCGACGGCCGACAACGCCACCGGGGGCGGGCUGCCCAGCUUUGGGGCGGCGCACGAGCCGACGGACGCGUACUAUGCCGCCGGGGAGGAGUGA